AUGGAUUCUAUUAUAAAAUUGCAAAUAGACUCUUUUUAGUUCUUUAACUUAAAAAAUAGGUAAAUCAAAAAUAAAUUGCCUCUACAACGCUUAUUAGCAGUAUGUUAUACUAUCAAAAAAAAAACAUAAACUACUUUUUUUGGUGUUUAUGCUACUUUCUAUUACUUUUUGCACUCAAAAGUGAAAAUUGAUACAAAAACUAUUGAUUUGCUUAUACUUAAAUAAAAUUUAAGCUGCUGCAUACGUAGAUUUAUUUUUUUAGGUUUUGCUCUAAAUUACUUAUUUCUAAAAAUCACAUAAGGAUAUUACUGGUCUUAUUAGGGGGAAUUAACUUAAUGUAUCUUAUUAGCUUGA